AUGGCUAGCAAUGAUGCAUAUGAUGAAAAGCUGAUCCUUAUAGUUACACAGUUUGUUGGUGUCAUGACGUAUUUGUAUGGUGCCCACUACUUGGCAUGGUAUGAUGAGAGACGUAAUGCAAAGAGGCCAAAAAAUGCAGAAAUUGUAGCUGAAACAAUGGCCGUUGUUGCAAAUAACUUAGCAAGGCUAGUUGAUACAUAUGAGAAAAGUAAGCCUUGCAUUAAUUAUUCACAACUUUACAAAGCUGCAAUGGAUGUUGAAGAGCUUGAUCUUAUGGCUAGCAAUGAUGCAUAUGAUGAAAAACUUAUCCUUAUAGUUACACAGUUUGUUGGUGUCAUGACGUAUUUGUAUGGUGCCCACUACUUGGCACGGUAUGAUGAGAGACGUAAUGCAAAGAGGCCAAAAAAUGCAGAAAUUGUAGCUGAAACAAUGGCCGUUGGUGCAAAUAACUUAGCAAGGCUAGUUGAUGCAUAUGAGAAAAGUAAGCUUUGCAUUAAUUAUUCACAACUUUACAAAGCUGCAAUGGAUGUUGAAGAGCUUGAUCUUGCUAGUCGAAUGAUUGUUUUGAGAACUUGA